CAAAGCGACGACACUUGUCGUCUGCUCCGUCCGUCACUGCCGCCGUUCCUCCGCUGCGUCUAUUUUGCAUUAUCCCAACUCAUCGUCGCGUCAGCGGAAUGUACGAAGGUGGAUAAAAAGCGAGCCAGGAUGUUGCUGUACACGCUGAUCGGCGGUUACAUGCUGACCUCGAUGAUACUGUUUAAAUAUCCUACUCUGCUUCACAAAAAAAAGAAAGUGAAGUUUCUGUGCCAGCACAUUAGCCACCGGGGCGGAGCGGGCGAGAGCUAUGAGAACACGAUGUGCGCAUUUAAACGAGCGGUGGCGAUCGGGACUCAAAUGUUGGAGUUGGACUGUCACCUCACGAGAGACGGCGAAGUCGUGGUCUCGCACGAUCAGAAUCUCUUUCGUAGCACCGGCGUGGACAAGAACAUCUCCGAGUUGGAUUACAAAGAUUUGCCGCUGCUGAAACAGCGUUUACCGAUCGAUUUUGAUCCAGAUGUGGAGUAUGUUGGUUCCGCGAGGGAGCAGGAUCGGCGGUUCGCGCUGCUGCGAGAAGUCUUCGAGACAUUCCCCAAUAUUCCUAUUAACAUUGACAUUAAGAUCAAUGAUGAUCGACUUAUAUCAAAAGUUUCCGAUCUGAUAAAAGAAUACAAGAGAGAGGAAUAUACCGUUUGGGGAAACUUUAGCGAUGAAGUCACACAGAAAUGCUAUAAAAUGAAUCCAAGUGUGAACUUGCUAUUUUCGAUGCAGCGUGUGACAAUGUUGAUACUUCUUAUGUAUACCGGUUUGUUGCCGUUUGUACCACUGAAGGAAACACACCUCGAAAUCUUUUUACCUUCGAUCUAUUUACGCCGUACAGGUGGCCCAAGUCCAACAUUUUUACCGUUGGAAAAAUUAGUUGUACGUACAAUUAAUGUACUACUAAUGAGACCGUGCUUAUUUAAUCAUUUAAGAGCACGAGGCAUACAUGUGUACUUUUGGGUUUUAAACAAAGAUGAAGAGUUCAAGAAAGCAUUCGAGCUUGGCGCAACUGGCGUAAUGACGGAUUAUCCGACGAGGUUGAAGUUAUUUUUGAAGAAUCACGCGAUGGAAUAAGAUGCUGGUGAUAUAUUUUAUUGUUUUCAAGGACCCAGCAUCCGCCAUUAGGCAGCACGAACUAUCGAGGUAGUUCGCGGAAUUAUUUACGUACGAAAAAGAGAUAUCCGCCAUGAUAUAUGUCAGAAACAUAUAUGAGCUAUACAGAGUAGUAUAUUUUUUAUAAGCGAAGCAGAACUACUCGCUUAUGUUCUGUGUAUAAAUGCCAACUUGAACGACUUUUGCCACAAUUGUUUUGACAUAAGAAGCUCUCGUACAAAUCGAUUUACUACAGAGAUCUGCACAUUAUAAUCUGUUAUAUUAUGUUAAUCAUACAGAUCUACGAAAUGCUAUUUUAACUCUGGCCUCUUAAAUUUCUUCUCUUUCUCUGACCGAUGAAAAAACCUAUUAAAUAAGUUUCAUAUUAGUCUAUUUUAGUUUGUACUUUUAUUCCAACGAUUACUUUUCAUACGAUCCAUGAUAUUUUACCUACCUAAUUAAAGUACAAUCUAUUCAUAGUUUCAUUGAACUUUUCGUAUCGUAUACCUCUUUAUAUUAUAAUCCGAAGAGAUAUUUUUUUGGCAUAGCUUCUUUUUCCGCACAAAUUUUCUUACCGGCAGAUUUCAUGAAUUUAUUUGCACAUCCUAAUAAAGCCUGAAGCAUAUCCCAGUUUUAGGUACAAAAUACCUUAUUAAUUACUAUAUCUCCCUGGGGCCAGUAUGUUAGUUUAGCCCAGCAUACAAAGGCUUCAAAUAACAUAGUCUGAUCUAUGAUGCAUUUGUUACAUAAUUUUUAACAUUUUCAUAGAUUCACGAAGAAUAUAUUUUGUGUGAAAAAAGGUCGAGUUAUGCUAUCGAGAGAGAGAGAGAGAGAGAGAGAGAGAGAGAGAGAGAGAGAGAGAGAGAGAGAUCGUGAUGUCUUUAGAAUAUACAUGGGUGUGAUACAAGAAAAUUCCCACUUGGUAAAUGAAUGUGAUAAAAAUAGUAUCAGUUUCAUAAUAUUGAGAAAACCUAUCAUGUGACUAGUUCUAUUAAAUAAAAAGGAAAUUUAUGUACACUUGCAAAUUGUAUUUGGUACGUGUCUAUGAUAUUUACAUCAUGUCAGUAUUAGCUUCAUAUAUAUUUGCAUACAGGGCAUUUUACAGCCGAUAUAACUUAUAUAAUUGUCUAUGAAUAUCUAUAUGUUGAAUAUCCGUACUUUUCUAAUCUUUUAAAUGUUGAGAUAGAAAAUUAUACACAGUUGUUAUGUUACGUGGAACAUAUACGCAAGCUUUUUUACUGCAUGCUCAUAGAUAUAACUUUUGUUAAAUUUAACUGCAGUUUGCACAUUUGUAAGAAAUGAAAUAAUACACACACGGUAUCUUUUCUAAAAAUUUCAUAUAUCAUAUGUAUGUAUUAUAAUUUAUAUAAUUAGAGUUUUGAUAAAAGAUCCAUGCGUAUAUAUAUGUGCCAUAACAUAUAUAGGAUACAUACACAUGUGUGAUAAAAAAAAUAUAAAAGAAAUUUGGAGAAGAUAUCGAUAUUUAUAAUUGUAAGAAAUAAAAAAAAUAUUCUAUACACAUAUAUGCUGCCCCAUGGGACAGUCUCGAAGAAUUUACGUGUGAUAUACACGUUUUUUGUUGAACGUGUUAAUAUAAUUCUGUUAAAUUUUAUCAUUUUUUCAUUUAUAUUAUGAAUAAAUGUGUGUGUAUAUACACACACACACAUAUGUACAUGUAUAAACCCUCUAAGUUGUGCAAGUUCUUUUAUCUGAUUUAGAUUUAAUUAAAAGUAUUAUUGGACAUUUCUGUAUUACCAUUAGGAAAACUAAUAUAAUAGGUGUGAUGAAUAUAAUAGGAAUGAAAUAGAUAAUGUAAUCUAGUAAAUGUUUAAUUUACAGUUCAUUUAUAAAUUUAUAUACAUAUAUAGAUAUGUGUCGCAGACAGGAAUUAUAUAU